AUGAUAUCAGAUGAUAUCAUUGGGCAUGACGAUAUUUUAGCCUCGCCAGUGAAAUCAACUCAAUAUUUGAGAAUAUAUGCUAAUUCUGGAUCACAAAAUAGGCACAUUUUAAAUAGCCCAAGAAAAAGAAGAACCGUAUCUCCAUCGAAAAAGAAUACGAACGAACGAAUUCAUUUAGAAAGACCUACCGAGGAAAGGGAAAAUCUAAUACCAAAGGUAAGAAAUGAAUCGAGCAAGGUUGAAGAGGAAAUUCCUUCAACAAUUCCUAAGAAAAGAGGUAGACCAAGAAAGGAACCUACUGAGCUUCCUGAGGUGAAGUCGCCAACUCCUAAAAAAAGAGGCAGACCAAGGAAAAUUCAUAAAAAAGAGCCUCCAAAGGAAGAAGAAGAACAAGAACAACGAGAAGAAAGAAAAAAAACAGACAGUAAGGAAAAGAGGAGCACUAGCCCACUAAGUGCAAGAAUUUCAGCAGAUAAUAUAUUACCACACUCCAAAAGAAUACCCAGAAAAAUAACCCAAAGAAAUGUUCUUGUUUCAAGUGAUGAUAGUGGCGCAACAUCUGACGGUGACAUGACAGAAGAUGAAGUCAGUUCACCUGUGGUUUCAGAACCAGAAGUUGAUAUCAAAAAAAUACAGUCUUUUUUUCCACCGCCAUCUGCGAAGCAGUUGAAAGUCACACGGAAGAAAUCUAGAGCUUCUUCAAAUGAGAAGCAAUCAGAAAAGAAGAGAAAGCAAUCAAAGAAAAGGAAAUAUCAAGAACAGGGAGAAACUGGCUCUGAUAAUGAACAUGAAGAUGAGGAGCAGAAUUCACCAGAUACCCCCAACAAAUCGUCGAGUACUGCUCAUGAUUUUACAUCACCUUUGAAGAAGGUAAUAAUGGAUAAUUUGAAGCACUAUAAAAAUGUUAGCUCGAAGUCGAAGUUAAAUCUAAAUAAAGAUUUUAUUCCUACGGCACUACCAAAUGAUACACAAUAUAAAAAAAUAAACUGGAAGAAUAAUUCCUCCUCUACUUUUUUCGAUACAGCUGAAGGCUAUUUUGCGCAAAAGAAAACUGUCCAAAAAUCCAGUAGAUCUACUAGCACAAUGGCACUGGCACCAGAUGUGACAAGAGAGGAAUUUGCUCUUGUUACGAAUAUUUUCAAUAAAGAAUACUUAAAGAAACCAAGAGAGAAGCUUCAUUUACUUCAAAGGAAAAUGUUCCCACAAUAUUGGUUCGAAUUAUCACAGGGGUUCACCUUAUUAUUUUACGGUAUUGGAUCCAAAAAAUCAUUAUUAGAGGAAUUUAGUUUAAAGUAUCUCUCACCCAAAUUGGCCUAUGUGAGGGAAGCAAAUAAUCAAAAAAAUGAAUCUUUGUCUCUAUCCGAUAUCAUCAAGCCACCCACAGAUGGUAUCCCUUGUGUAGUAAUUAAUGGUUAUAAUCCUACAAUUAACUAUAGAGAAGUGUUUAGUGACAUUUCUUCUAUUUUAUAUCCUGCAGACUUAACUAGAAAUGAUUUGAAAUUUUGGGGCAAUCUUGUGAUCUUACAAAUUCAGAAGAUGAAUGAGUUUUAUAAGACACAACCACCUGACAUCAAACUAAUAAUUGUCGUUCAUAAUUUAGAUGGUCCUGUUUUGAGAAAAGCUGCGUUCCAAACAAUGCUGAGUAGUUUGGCCAUGAUUAGACAGAUUGCAAUAGUGGCGUCUGUUGAUCACAUUUAUGCUCCAUUACUGUGGGAUAAUACGAGGGCACAGAACUAUAAUUUCAUCUUCCAUGACGUAACUGAUUAUCGUGCUAAUGAAAUAGAAUCAUCUUUCUAUGAUGUUAUGAACCUUGGACGGAAAGAGGCAAGUACUGGUGUUGAAGGAGUUAAAUACGUUCUGCAGUCAUUGACUUUGAAUUCUAAGAAAAUGUACAAAUUAUUGUUGGAGAAAAUGAUUGAUAAUAUGGAGACAGAGGCAAAGAAUAAUAAACAGAUAAAAGUGCGUGGUAUGAGACGUGGUUGUCUAGAAGUUGCCAUUGAGUUUAAGGAAUUUGUAACAUCGUGUACAGAGAGAUUCAUCGCGUCUAAUGAAAUUUCCCUAAGAAGUAUGCUAGUGGAAUAUGUAGAACAUAAAAUGGCACUACUUCAAAAGGAUAAGAAUGGUUCCGAAUACCUUUGGGUACCAUUCAAUUAUUCUGAAAUGAAAAAGUUAUUGCAAAAUGUUCUUUCGGAUUUGCAAUGA